AGCAUCGUUCUCUACCGCCUCCUGUAGGCCGAACGCUCACGAGGCGUUCAUGAACCUUCCUCUUUAUUAAUAUUAUUAAAAUAAAAAAAAUAAAAAUAAAAACUUUAACUAAACACUCAAAGUUUUAUCAUAAAUGGCUUUUUUGUUUUUUUGAUUUUUUCAAUUUUUUGUUUGUUUGUUUUACGACCGUUAAACGUCACCGGUUCGCGUUCUGUCCCCAUGGUAACAGAGCACUUCGACUCCAGAGGACACUCACACUGAAGGAUCCAUCCCGUCGCUGAUUUCAUGAACGCUCACAGAAGAAACAUGUCUUCACCCAGAAUAGGCGUGGUCAGAGACUCCAUGCUGACCAACCCGCUGCUCAUAAAGGCCCCUCUGGGUCAGUCUAAGUCCAGAGGUCUGUCGGUUCCUGGUGAAGACUUCACUUAUGGAAUCAGCAGCAGCUCAAUCAGAGAUGGGGGCGUGUCUGAAGUUCUGUCUGAUUGGAAGGUUCAACCGAGCCGCGGAGACUCCGCUCCUCAUCUGUCUCUCGCUCCUGACUUUGUGUCUCUGAACCGGGACGCGGUGAAGUCUGGUCUGGUGACGUCCAAAGAGAUGAGUCAGUUCAGAGCUCAGAGGGGCGAGGCCAUGAGCCAAAACCGCAACCCCAAACCCAAAAACAGCGUGGCCCUGCGGCGCCCAGCCGUGCCUGACAUCACAUUUGGAGUCACCAACAGGCCGCCGUCUCCUCUGGCGGACCUCCUGUGUCAUCAGUACGGCCGGGACUGGCUGGACAAGCAGAUGAUCAGGAGUCAGAACUACAACCACCAGCAGAAGAUGCAGAAGGUGCAAAGGAAAUUAUCAAAUUAUAUUCAGGACAACAGGACCAGCCUGCUGAGGAGGAGCAGACCUCUGCCCGUCACUCAGACUCCGUUCAAACUGCCCCGCUUCACUCAGGUCGCUCCGGCUCUUGAUACCUUCAGGGACCAAGACGCUCGUCUCCGGGCGCUCAGGGCUCAUCAGUCAGACUCUGUGUCCAGGAGAGGAGUUCAAGGUCUGGGAACGUACAGUCUGGACUGACCGGAGGACGAAACAGGCCAGGCCUCUCUCAGAAGACGUAAACAGAAAUAAAAGCUAAUGAGCAGCUCUUCA